AUGGCACAACCUCGUAUCUCAGCCUACCUCCCCCCUGAUAUAGAUCCCACAAAAGCUCCUCUGGCAUUUGGGAGGAGGGCCCUUCCUAAACUGAAUGAGGAGUUGCAGUCUCCCGAACUACUGACGCAGCAGCGGGCACUGGUGGCACUCUGCGAUCUGGUCCAUGAUCCAGAAAAUGUCUACCAGGCAAUAGCAUUAGGAUUCUUGGAUAACCUGCAGACUUUGCUGGCACAUGAUGACCAAACUGUUCGACAAAAAACAACAGAAGCUCUCUCUGUAAUGGCUUUGCAUAGUGUUGGCAGGCAAGGGUUGAUACGAAGUGGAAUCAUUUCUGCCCUCAAUGGGCUCCUGGAUGAUCCAGUGGAUAUCUGUCGGAAGAACACCCAUCAGAUUUUUCACAUGGUGGCAAAAUUACCUGAAGGGGCUGGUGGUGUCCUGGAGGCCGGGUUGAUUCCCCCACUGGUCCUGAAGCUGAAGACAGAGCUGGAUGAGAUCCAGGAGCUGAUCCUUGACACACUCUCCAACUGUCUCCGUGUGGAGGUUUCUGAAGCGCUGGCAGCUGGAGCCGUUGCUGUCCUGAAGGAAAAGCUCUCCCACGAAUCCACAGCCAUCAGGAGCAAAGCAGCCUGGGUCCUGUUAGAAAUCAGUUCUCAUGCAGAGGGGAAGAUUGCGGUGUGUGACGAAGAGGUGAUCCCGGUGCUGGUGAGCCUGCUGGAGGACACACAUCCUGAAGUCCAAGUGAACGCAGCAGGAGCACUGAUGUUUGCUAUUGUUACACCUCAGGGGAGAUCCUCGGCCAUGGGUGCUGAAGCCAUUCCACCUUUACUGAAGCUGGUUGCUGAGGAAACCAGCAAAGCCCGUCUGAAUGCAAUCAAAACCCUCACCCUGCUGGCUGAGCUGCCAGAGGGCCGUGAGACACUGCUGGAGCACAGGGACACCUUUGUGGAGUGUCUGAAUGAUCACAGGGAGGCCGUGCAAAGAGCUGCCCAAAUCGCCAUCACAGUCAUCGACUGGAAACCCUUCAGCAGCCGCGAUCUUUUCUAG